GGGGAAGGGACUCCGGCCAGCUGUUCACUUGUUUAUCUGCGCUCGCCCGCACGAGUAAGGCGGCUUCGCUGGGCGGGAAGGCGACAAGUCCGCUGCGGCCGGGGAUUGCGAGAGUGCGGCGCCGGCGUUGUGUCGUGUCGUGUUCGAGAGCCUCUCCUUAGUUCCCUUUUCUGUUUUAUAUAUUUUUUUUUACUCGUCCCUCCAAUCGCCGGUCGGGCGCGGAGCUCGUGCUGAUAAAAAUGGCCGCCGAGACGGUGAGCUUGGACGCCCUGCAGGCCCGCAGGAAGAGCGUUCGCACCAUGGGCGCCCUGGCGUACCUGCCGGACCGGCCGCUCAUCGACAUAGAGUUCAGCGACCUCAGCUACACCAUCCCCAGCGGCAUCAGAGGCAAGAAGAUCAUCCUGCGCAGCGUGAGCGGGCUGUUCCGGGCGGCGCAGCUGACCGCCAUCUUGGGUCCGUCGGGAGCCGGCAAGAGCACUCUGCUCAACGUGCUGGCCGGCUACAAGUCGGCGGAGGCGAGCGGCGGCAUCAGCAUCAACGGGCGGCCGCGCGACCUGCGCCAGUUCCGCAAGCUGUCUCGCUACAUCAUGCAGGAGGACCUGCUGCAACCGCACCUGUCCGUGCGCGAGGCCAUGACCAUCUCCGCCAACCUCAAGCUGGGCCACAGCCUCUCCGCCGAGCGCAAGCGACAAGUGGUGGAGCACAUCUUGGACAACCUGCGGCUGCUGGGCGCGAGCGACACCUGCACCUCGCGGCUGUCCGGCGGCGAGAGGAAGCGGCUGUCCAUCGCGCUGGAGCUCGUCAACAACCCGCCCGUCAUCUUCCUCGACGAGCCGACCACGGGCCUGGACGACCUGUCCAGCUCGCAGUGCAUCUCGCUGCUGAAGAGCCUGGCCGAGGAGGGCCGCACCGUCGUCUGCUCCGUGCACACGCCGAGCGCGCGCCUCUUCGCCAUGUUCGACCACGUGUACAUCGUGGCGGCGGGCCAGUGCGUGUUCCAGGGCCCGGGCGGCCGCAUCGUGCCCUUCCUGGCCUCCGUCGGCGUCGACUGCCCGCUGCACUACAACCCCGCCGACUUCGUGAUCGAGGUGUCGAGCGGCGAGUACGGCGACCACACGGAGAAGAUGGUGGCCGCCGUGGACAACGGCCGCUGCUACAGCUGGAAGGGCAUCGCGCCGUCGCCCCCGGAGCCGGAGCUGCCGUCCUGCAGCGCCGACAUCGUCUCCGAAGGAAGCGAGACCAGCUGCUCGGAGCUGAUGGACAUCUCGAACAAGACCUACAACUUCGACAGCUCCACGUGGAUGCAGUUCAGGAUCCUCGUGUACAGGAUGAUGCUGCAGACGUGGAGGAACUCGAGCUACCUGAUCAUGAAAGUGGUUCUCUACCUGUUCAUCACCUUCAUGGUGACCAUCAUGUUCUGGCGCAUGGGCAACGACGGCUCCAAGACGCUCUUCAACUUCGGCUUCAUCUACACGUGCAUCAUCGUCUUCCUGUACAUCCCCAUGCUCCCUGUGCUGCUGAACUUCCCAGUGGAAGUACAGCUGCUGAAGCGCGAGUAUUUCAACAGGUGGUACAGUCUCAACGCAUAUUUCUUCGCUCUCACCUUGUCGAGACUACCACUGGAGCUGUUCUUGGGCACUACUUAUCUGGCCUGUGUGUACAUAACGACGGGACAGCCUCUGGAGAUCUCGAGAUACGCGCAGUUCCUGACCAUCUGUUUGCUCACUGGAGUGUCUUCUGAGAGUCUCGGCUAUGCCAUUUCCUCGACCCUGGGGAUAGUUAACAGCAUCUUCCUGGGCCCCACGCUGGCCGUGCCGCUCAUGCUGCUGGCCGCCUACGGCCUGGGCGGCGGCAGCGCCACCAUCCCCAUGUACAUCAAGCCCUUCAUGUACAUGAGCUACCUGCGCUACUCGCUGGAGGGCCUCACGAUCGCCAUGUACGGCAACGACCGCGCGCCCAUGGCGUGCCCGCCGCAGGAGGCGUACUGCCACUUCAGGCACCCCAAGACGUUGCUGGUGGAGACGAGCAUGGAGAAGGCCAACUUCUGGGUGUCGCUGGUGGGCCUGGUCGGCUUCUACGUGGUCUUCAGGACGCUGUUCUACGUGCUGCUGCGGCGGCGGCUGUCCAGCAGGAAGUCCUUCCCGGCUCUCAACAUGGUCGGCCAGUUCGUCAAGACGUACCUCACGCUCGCGCCGCGCGUCUGAGCAAGUCGCUCCCCGGCUCAGGGGCUGUCCAGACGUCCACACGGCUGCUCGAGCUGCUCCGAACAGUUUGGACAGCUUUCAUGUGCGGCAUUUUCCUUCGUUCUGCAUCUACAAUGUGACCAUUACAUCGCAGUGACCCACAUCACGCAUCGCUAGUGCAUGCAAGCCUGCAGAGUUUUAUACUGUGUACUUAAGAUAUAGCCUUUUUUUUUUUUUUUUUUUAACGAAUCAGCGUAGGAAAAAUAGGUUUUAAUUUGGUAGAUUUAUAAGAACAAGAAUGAUGUGCUCUCUAUUAAAGAUUAUUGUGUUCGUUUCAUGUUUAUCCUAAGUGCAAAACUUUAUGAUGUAUUUUAUCACAGGCCAUUGAAAGGUGACUUUGGUAGCCAUACAAGAUUUAUAUUUUUUACUCUGUAAUCAUCGCGAGAUGUGAAAACAAUUACAGUUUGUACUACGUUGUUUCUUUAAAGUAAAGUUUUAAAAAAAACUGAAAAGUGUUUACAUAUCAAAGUUAUAAUUUCUCCUCAAAAAAUAACUUACCUUGUUCAACAAAAUCUGAAUCGUGUUUUCUUGUUUGUUCUUUUUCAGCGGAGGUCUGGGAUAGUAAACUGGAAGAUAUAGGGGAAAGUCUUACAGUACCGACCACCCUAAUGUUUUUGAAUGUAACUUUAAAGGGAUGUACAAAAUGGCCAGUUAAAAAAUUUAAAAUGUUAGCUCAAUCAAUCGUUUAUAAAAUAAAACUAACAAUGUAUCAAAAUAUUAUGAAGUAUAUUAUUUGAAAACAAAAUCAAAAAUGUCAUAAUAUAUCAAAGUUAAAAAUGUGUCGUCCAGUACCGACCAGUUCCUCUUUUAGAUGAUUAAAAAUCUUUAUUUCCUAAUAAUAAUAGUACCAUGGUAAUUUUAAUGUAGUAAUUCGUAAUUACAGAUAUUAUAAAAGCAAUGGCAAACAUAACUAUGUUAAUUUAUAAAACUAAUGUUAUUAUAUUACAAAAUUAGAUAUUAACUACAUCCUAGUUUUGACAUUUCUGUUUGCUGUCCAUUUAAUUAUGUUUACAAACGUCACAUGUGAAAUGAACAAUAUUUUCUUGGUCCGUACAUUCAACAUGUGCCCAACCUUGACAUUUGAUGCACUGCACCCAGUCUUCUUCAAACGAUUCUUGACAAAUUAUGCACUCUGUGAUCUCUUUUGUUGACAUAGGAACACUACGAACCUCAUCAAAGUCCAAUUUCUUAACAUGCUUCUUAUAUGGAUUGUCCCCUAUUUUCUUUUUACUUUCUUUAGGAACACCUGAUUUUCGUGCUUUCUUAUCUUUUUCAUUUCUUCGUAGCUCUCUUUCAGCCUUUCUCUUCUCUGCGUUCAUUCUUUUUUCUUCGGCAAGUUUCUUUUUUUCCUCAAGCUGCUCUUUGUACGGUGUUGAUGUAAGAAUCUCAGAUUGCUGUGAUCGUUGUUUUCUCCUUUUCACCUUAAUUCGGGAAGAAUUGUUUGCUGGAGAGAUAUCUGUAAGAAUUUUCUUGAAAUCAGAUGAAACUGAAGAAACUGGAAGAGAUGGGCCGACGAAAGAGUUUGAAACAAGAGCAGAUGAAGGUCCUGGCUGUGGUUCAUGGUGGAUAGAAGUGACAGCUGGUAAAGUUCCCUGUCUUGAAAUGUUCAUAUGUGUUGAAGUUCCUGGUUCCAGUAGAGUGAGAUUAGUUGAAGUGAGAGCUGAUAAAGUUCCGUGCUCUAGAAUGUUCGUUUGGGUCGAAUUUCCUUGUUCCAGAAGAGAAAGAACUGAUGAAGGUUCCUCUUCUGACAGGUUGUUGUCUGUUGAAGUCCUUGUUUCUAGUACAGUGAGAUGAGUUGAAGUGACAGCUAAUGCAGGUCCUUCUUCUGAUAAGUCGGUUGGACUAAGAGGUUAUGUAAUUAUACAGUCAAGAACAUUUGACAUCUCACAGGGUGUAGAUGUUACAGAUUGACGAGCCUCUAAAGUUACUGCUCCAGAUUCACAAUCACUUGCUUCUGGCUGUCGAAAGUGCUCAGAUGGUAUGAAAUCCAAUUCUGUGAAGGCACCCGGGUUAAUAGGCCAGAGUCCAGUGCAUGCAAAAGCUGAUUGCGCCAAAUCCAUCCUACAUAUUGAAGUGUAGGCAGUGUUGACCAAACUAGCUACAUCCUUCUGUGAGAUCUUCAAAGGGCUAUAUUUUCUCAUCCAAACACCACAUGCUUGAUUGUAGGCUGCUUUGAAAGGCCGCAUUACUGCCCUGUCCAAGGGUUGCAUUUUAUGUGUGGUAUGAGGCGGAAGGCUUAUCAUGUGAACAUUGUGUUUUUUUGCAAACAGAAUAACAUUAAGAUCCUUGUGGCUGCUGUGCCCAUCAAGUAUGAGAAGAACUGGUUCUUCUUUAGUAGGAUGAGUUCUUUCAACAAACAGCUCCAACCACUUCAAGAAUGAUUUGGCAGAUAUCCAACCACUUUCUUCAGCAGCGAAUACACUUCCAGAAGGGGCAUCCUUUUUUAGAAUUGCAUCUACUCGCUGUUUGUUAGGAAAGACAAAAAGAGGAGGUACAAAAAUGUCACCUGCAGCGUUUAUGCACAGUAGCACAGUCACAUUUUUCCCCCUCUCCCCCGAUGUGAUUUUGCUCACUUGCUUUUUACCUUUUUGUGCGAUCACCUUGACAUCAUUGUCAUGAACAAUCGAAACGCCAGUUUCGUCACAGUUGUGAAUCCUGCUGGGAGAGAAACUGUGCUUGUCAAGUAGCUCUGAGUAUUUUUUGAAGAAACGUUCAACUUGAUGUUUGUUGAAACCUAACGCUCUCUGCAUGCUUGUGGAUUCAGGUGUUCGUAGAGAAAGCUCAGGAUGGCGUGCCAUAAAGUCGUAAUAAAACUGUUUACCAGCACUUUUUUGUUGUUUGUUAAACUGGUGAGGUAUCUUAAGAUGCUCAGCCAAAUCAAAUGCCAAUUUCAUAAAUUCUGUCCUACUUAGGGGCAUGAAUCUGUCAUCCUGAUCUUUCAUAUAAAAAACCAGUUGAUUUUCUAUUUCGUUACUAAAAGUUAUUUGAAAUCUUCCCAUCUGAGGAGUUAACAUUACAGUUUUCCCAGCUUGGAUGUCUCUCAGUCGAUCUCCUAGUGUUGUUUUUGGAACCGAAAAUGCUAUAGCCGCCUGACGUUGUGACAUUCUGUUAGAACGAACUUCAGAAAUAGCCAUUUUCAUAUUAUUCUCACUCCAUUUUCCUUUUUUUCUCCUCUCACUUUCAGCCAUUUCUUUUCUGAAAAGAGACAAAAAACGAAAAUGAUACUUUUUUGUUUAUAACUUAAUACAAAUUACAUUGAUUGAUUGGCUCAGUGGACAAUUUUUGAGUGGUAAGCACUGGAUGACAGGUGGUUGGUACUGUACGAUGGUUAAGUGGUCGGUACUGUACGACGUACACUGGUAGCAGUAGUGUCGACCACGCAUUGUUUAUUCAUCACAUCGUUAAAAUCAUUACAUGCAUUUUGACGUAAUUGCAUGUAGAUUAAAUAUAUGUAAACAAGAAAUCAAAAACUCACCCAAAAAAGGAGAAACAGCGUAAUCAAAAUAACUUUCAACACUGAAAACAACAACAAGCACAUUCAAGGUCCCGUAGCUCUCACAACUCUGAACGGACAAAGGUGUCGCCAAAGAAUAUAAGGAAUGAAGAUAAAACACUUCGCUGAAUGCCUGUAAAGUGCUGCUAUCUAGCGCCACAAGCGAGAACUAACGAUGGUCGGUACUGUAAGACGGUCGGUACUGUAAGACUUUCCCCUAUUAUUAUGUAUUGUGACUUAUUUUUUGCAAACUAUCACAUAUAGAUGUCAUCUGUAUCACAAGUGAAUAAAAUGGUGCAUGCCCUA